CCCUGUCUGGGGCCCCGCCGUCCGCUUGGCGCGCUGGGCGGCGGCCAGGAGCGCGGGGCUCCGCGGUGGAUGGAGGCGAGCAGCGCCGCCCCGAGCGCAGGUGACAAGCACUAGGCCGGGGUUUCGGCCGGCGGGAGAGGACGCGCGGAGGGGCAGACGCAGAAGCCCCGGGACCGGAGGGCUGCGAGGCGGCGAUGGCCCGCGAGCUGAGCCAGGAGGCACUACUGGAUUUUCUGUGCCAGGCCGGCGGCCGAGUGACCAACGCCGCCCUGUUGAGCCACUUCAAGAGCUUCAUCCGCGACCCCGACGCGACCCCUAGCCAGCACCAGCGCCGCCGCGAGCUCUUCAAGGGCUUCGUCAACUCGGUCGCCGCAGUGCGCCACGACCCCGACGGCACCAAGUACGUGGUGCUCAAGAAGAGGUACAGGGACCUUCUGGGGGAGGAGGGGCUGCAGAGACCCCGCGAGCCGCCCGCGUACGCCGCCCCUGCAGGGGGAGCUGCGCCCGGCGCCCCGCGAGCCGCGCGUCCAGAGGGGCCGCAGCCCGGGCGGCGGCGCCACAAGCCGCGGGAGGAGGAGCCGGCAGGUGCCGCAGCCCCGGCCGCCGCCGAUGCAGGUUGCGAUGGACUCCCGGCCCUCAGCGCCCGGGAGGCGGCUCCGGGAGGCGGUGGGCACGGGGAUAGCUCUAGCCCCGGUGACCCGGUGCCCGCGACUUCGGCCGCAGCAGCCCCCGAGGGAGCCAAGUGCGCGACGGAGGCGGCGCAGGGCCGGCGCUGCUGGGAAUGUCUGCAGAACGGCGUGGGGGGCGGCCCGGGGGAGCAGCCGCUCCGCCCACUCCCGAGCCCAGCCGCCGCGAGAGAGAAGCCAGAGCGCGCGGCUCCUAAUCCAGAGGUGCUCGGGGCUGGCGGGCAGCGGCGGGAGGGCGACGGCGCGCCCUCCUUGUCUUCCGAUACCGCCGUCGAGGCUGCUGGGAGCUGGACUCCCCCGCCUGCGCUCCAGUCCCCUCCGGCUUCCCCUGGAGACCCGCCGGAGUCGGUGACCCCGGAAUAUCUGCGGCAUUCUUCACUGGAGCAGCAGCAGCAGCGCACCCGAGAAUGGGUGGCCAGACACCCUCAGGUACCCGAGGCUCGCGACCAGGGACCCGUGCGAGCCUGGUCGGUGCUGCCAGACAACUUCCCCCAGCAGCCUUCCCAGCCGGUCUUCUGGACCUUGGAACCUAACGCAGCACCUCCAGACCCCAAUUUUCCCGCCUAUUCACUUCCUCCUGUUGUUCUCGAACCCGGGCCCGGCAGGGUGGCCGUCUUUCGCAGCAUCCGUUCGCAGCUGUCCCUGCAGGACCUGGAAGACUUCGUGGAGCAGGAGAGCCACGGCAGUGAGGAAAGCAGCAGCGGGCCCAGAGAGUCCCCCGGGGGUUCUCAAGAGGGGCUGCAAGUGGCCCAGGAAAAGCUCAGGGACCCAGCAACGGGCCUUUCUCCAAAGGACCCCCAGGACCUCAGGAACAGAGGGGAUAACCACAGCCCACCGCUAGUGCCAACAGUGGCUAAUGGCCUGAGCCUUGCAGGCCACCCCCAGGAACCUUCCCCAGGACCAGCUCCCAAAUUAAGGCGGUCCUUUAGGAGGAGCUCCCGGGCAGGGAGAGCCAGACUGUCUUCCUCUGAGGAUGAGUAUGGUGAGGAGGACCUGGUGAGAAGGAGUCGGCGCCCACCACGGUCACGGAAACCUUCCAAGGCAGGUGCAGUGCCCAGCCCCAGGGUGGAUACCGCAUUGGCCUGCAAACCUGCAGACGCCCCUGCUGCUCUGGCCGAACAGGGUAGGCCGCACCCUUGGAGGGUCCCAGCUGGAGAGAAGCCCACAGCCUUGUUCCCACACAGACCCUCGGAGCACAAGUCAUCCCUGGUCCCUCUUGAAGCCCGGGAGCAUGAGUGGAUUGUUAAGCUUGCCAGCGGCGCUUGGAUUCGGGUUUUGACUUUGUUCUGGGAGGACCCGCAGCUAGCUCUGCACAGGGACUUCUUGACGGGGUACACUGCCUUGCACUGGGCGGCCAAGCAUGGCGACCCCGCGGCGCUCCAGGACUUGAUCUCUGCGGCUCGGAAAGCUGGGGUUGCUCUGGACAUAAACGUGAAAUCCAGUUGCGGCUACACGCCGCUGCACCUCGCAGUCAUCCACGGCCAUCACGGGGUCAUCAGAUUGCUCGUGGAAAGGCUGGCUUCCCGGGUGAAUGUCCGGGACAGCAGCGGGAAGAAGCCCUGGCAGUAUCUAACCAGGAACACCCCUGGGGAAAUUUGGCAGCUCCUGGGAGGCCCUCGGGGCAAGCCCAUUUUCCCUGUGUUCCCAUUAGUCCGCAGCUGUUCCCCCACCAGGAAGGUGAAGAGCCGGGAAGUAUCCAGAAAGACUUCCCUGGCAGCACUGCUUAAGGGUCACCACAGCAAAUGGAAGUCAGCUCACCAGUAUGAGAAAUUCCCCACUACAAGGGAAAGGGGAGAGUACAGUGAUUGAGAUUGACUUGACAAUUUCUGCAAAAAGAGACCCCGAAUUUGUUUUUUCAAGGAGAUGAGGUUUUAUUGAGAUGAAGCAGGGAUAGAAAAGAGAGGAAAACAUUGGUAAAACAGUUUCCCACCUACACCUCAAGGACAUCUUUGAUGAAUCAAACCCAAUUACAAGGAAGACUAAAGCAGAAACAAACCAAUGGGACUACAUCAAAUUGAAAAGCU